AUGCCUAUAUUUCACAGACAGAGGGAUGAUUCUGUCAUGAGUUCGACUGCGACCGAUGAUGUGGAGGAUUUUACGUCAACAGCCCAGAAGGGGCUCGUCGCGCCUCGUUAUAUGGGUACUGUGGCUGAUCAGCGGGAUAUGACUUCACUGGGACGCGUGCAGGUUCUUCGCAGGAAUUUUCGAUUUAUUUCGAUUGUCGGAUUUGGUUGUACUCUUAUCUGUACCUGGGAGGUUAUAUUGACAUUACUAUCUUCUGGACUGACAGAUGGUGGCACGGCGGGAUUGAUUUGGGGGGUUCAUCGGGCGCCAACUGCGGGUGGUCAAUAUCACUGGGUAUCGGAAUUUGCUCCACGACGAGGUCAAAAAUUCCUCAGCUAUAUGACAGGGUGGCUCUCUGCGAUGGGCUGGCAAUGUGCCAUCGUCUCUAUCGCAUAUUUGGCUGGCACGAUUAUCCAAGGCCUGAUUGUUCUAAAUUAUCCAGAUUAUGAUUUUCAAAGAUGGCAUGGGACUAUGCUGGUCAUUGGUAUCUCGACAUUCUCGAUCUUGUUCAAUACCUUCUUGGCCAAGAAUUUGCCGUUUGUCGAAGGAUUGAUUCUGAUCAUCCAUGUUCUCGGUCUCUUUGCUAUUAUCAUUCCUCUAUGGGUGCUGGCCCCACGUAAUAAUGCCCGUGCAGUGUUCACCCAUUUUAACAAUGGGGGUGGAUGGAAUAAUGCGGGCAUGGCGACUCUGGUUGGACUCUCCACUACCAUCACGUCCAUGUUGGGCUAUGACUGCUCUGUCCAUAUGUCAGAGGAAAUAAAAGACGCCUCGGAGACAUUGCCCAAGGCAAUGAUGUCGUCUGUAGCGGUCAACGGAGUUCUAGGAUUCAUCAUGCUGGUCACCUUAUGUUUCACCCUCGGUGAGGUGGACAGCGUAUUAGAGACCCCGACUGGAUUUCCAUUUAUCCAGAUCUUUUAUAACACGACUGGUAGUCUCCCCGCCACCAAUGCCAUGACAGCAGUCCUUGUCAUCACCUUGACUGCCAGUACCAUUACAGAAGUAGCGACAGCAUCACGACAACUGUGGUCUUUUGCCCGAGACGAAGGAAUUCCAUUCUCAUCCUUCUUCGCAUAUGUUACACCGGGUUGGAAUAUCCCCCUCAAUGCUGUGAUGGUCUCGUUGGGGAUCACUGUCCUCCUCUCCCUGAUCAACAUUGGUUCCGAAGCAGCCCUCAACGCGGUCAUCUCAUUGACUAUCACAUCGCUCAUGUCCGCAUAUAUCGUGUCGAUUGGUUGUGUCUUUCUCAAGCGACUCCGUGGCGAGCCACUCCCACCUCAUCGUUGGACGUUGGGCCGAUUCGGUCUGGCGAUCAACUUUGGAGCCUUGGCGUUUCUUCUCCCGAUCUUUGCAUUUGCGUUCUUCCCCUUGUACACACCUGUGACACUUGAGACGAUGAACUGGAGUGUGGUGAUGUAUAUUGGCGUCAUUGGAAUGGCAAUGAUUUAUUAUUGGGUAAGAGGGCGGCAUCGUUUCAUUCCGCCCGUUGCAUUGGUCAAAAGAGACGGGAUGUAG